UCGUCAUCCCUCGUCUCUGCGUGACGAUGGAAAUGCCCGAGUGUCCGGUGUGCUUGCAAUCCUAUGACAGCGACUACACAAUUCCACGCGUACUCGCGUGCGGCCACACUUGCUGCGAGAGCUGCCUGUUGAAGCUUCCACACAGGUUCCCGGAAACCAUUCGCUGCCCCGCGUGUACCGUACUGGUUAAGUACCCGCCGCAAGGCCCCUCCUAUCUCCCCAAAAACAUCGACCUUCUCCGUCUCAUCGACUCCGAUGCACAAAAACCCCACAACAGCACCAAAAAUGUCAACUCUGCCCCACACUUGGACUUCGUCCCCCGUUCGUGGUCCGGUGAGUUCUACUCUUUCUGGAAAAAGUAUAUUCUUUGUCACGACGCUGUUUUGAUUGAAUUGAAAUCUGGAGAAGAUGGUGGUGUCUGUUUCGGUUGUUUAAAUCAAAGUCAACGGGUGAGUCUUGUUAAGGUGGGUUCUUUGUUAUCGGAUGAUGAUUCUGUGUUUAAAUAUACUUAUGUUGUGAGAGUGAUAGAGUGUUUGAGUGCUAUGAAAGAAGAGGAGAGAGAUGAAUUGAGUUUCAUUCUUAAAGGUUCUUCAAAAGUGAGUAAGUUAUGUCGAAUUUUGGGCUUGUGGGGUGAUUUGGAAGACGGGUCUUUGUGCUUAGUUUGUGAGAGAUUAAAUCAGAGUUUGUUGGAAUCGUUGGGAGCUGUCAUAGAUGAAGAUGGUAUGACCAGUAAGGGAUUGUUUGGUUUGGCAAUGAUGGGUAUGGAAAUGUGUGAAGCAUUGAUUGGUUUUAAUCAACAAGGGUUGAUUUUAGGCUGUUUAGGUUUUUCUUGCUUUAGUUUUGAUGAUUUUGGGCAUGUUUUUGUUGAUUUGAAUGAUGUUUUAGUGAUAGGAAGGAAGAUUGUUAAAAGUGUUGUGAAUGUAGGUUGUGGUGGUAGAAGGAUAGGAGAUAAAGAAAUAGGUGCUCUUUGGAGUGAUUUAUUAGAAAGCAAUGUGUUUUUGAGUCCGGAGUUGCUGUUUCAGUUAUUGAAGAAAGAGGGAAUUGAGGUGGAAUUUGGGGAGACUAGACAUUUGGUUGGGUAUGGCUCAGAUGUUUGGUCAUUAGCUUGUAUUUUGCUUGGACUCCUUAUUGGAAAAAAAUUCAAUGGAGAGCUUGUUAGUUAUAUACGUUUGGCUAGUGCAAAAGCAGGUGAAGAUAAUGGUUUGGGGAUGUACACAGGUUGGGUGGAUAAAGUAAGUUCUUUGUUGGAAUCUAAGAUUGGUUCAGAACUUGUGUUUUUGCAGCAGUUGUUUUGUCAAUGUUUGAAUUUUGAUCCGGGGAAUCGUCCUCUUUUGAUUGAUAUGUAUAGGUGCAUGAGGGAGCUGAUUAUUAAAUGUGAAUUUGAUAAAAUGAUAAAAUACAAUGAGACAGUAAAUUUGGAGAAUGAAGGUCAUUGUUUGGUCUUUGGAGAUCUGUGUCAUUUGCCCAAGGGAAAAUUAUCAACAGAGGAAAAGGACAGGUCACUGGCAGUGGAGAACUGCGAUAGCACUGCUAUUGAUCGAACUGGAAAGCCAGGAGUUUCCAAAGGUUUAGUUGAUGGGCUAAAAGAGGGAAAUAUAAAGUUUAAAGACAUGCAGGGCCAUCUUGACUGUGUCACUGGAUUAGCUGUUGGAGGAGGUUUCCUGUUUAGCUCCUCAUUUGAUAAAUCAGUCCAUGUGUGGUCAUUGCAGGACAGUUCUCAUGUACAUGCAUUCAAAGGUCAUGAGCAUAAAGUCAUGGCAGUAGUCUAUGUAGAUGAAGAACAACCAUUGUGCAUAAGUGGUGACAGUGGAGGUGGUAUAUUUGUAUGGAGCACUAGUUUCCCUCUUGGGCAAGAACCAAUAAAGAAAUGGAAUGAACCAAAUGAUUGGCGUUAUAGUGGUAUUCAUGCCUUGGCAAUUUCAGGGAAAUGUCUAUACACUGGCAGUGGAGAUAAGACAAUUAAAGCGUGGUCAUUGCUGGAUGGUGUGCUAUCAUGCACGAUGAGCGGUCAUAAAUCCGUAGUAUCCACACUAGCAGUCUCCAGUGGGGUUCUUUAUAGUGGGAGUUGGGAUGGAACCAUUCGAUUGUGGAGUCUAAGUGAUCAUAGUCUUUUGACAGUAUUGGAGGAAGUUUGUAUGGGGAAUGUGUACUCUAUCUUGUCUCUUACUGCCAAUCAGCAUAUUCUUGUCGCAGCUCAUGAAAAUGGAUCCAUAAAGCUCUGGAGUAAUGAUGUGUUAAUGAAAUCCAUGCAAACACAUAAUGGUUCCAUCUUGUCCAUUUGCAUGGAGGGGAAAUGGCUGCUUACAGGAGGCUGGGACAGAACUGUCAGUGUGCAGGAACUAAUGGUGGAUGAGUUUCACGUAGAUAUCGUACCUAUUGGGUCAAUACCCUGUGGUUCUGUCAUAACAGCUUUGUGUUACUGGCAAGGAAAGAUUUUUGUUGGAUGUGCUGACAGGACACUUAAGGAGAAUUUGGGUCUUUAUGGGAAGACUUUGAGUGAUUUUAUGAGCUUGAACAAUUGGGUUGUGAGGGAUUAUUAUCGUCUUGUUAGAGAUGUUAACGCGUUCGAGCCAUGGAUUCAGACUCUCUCAGAUGAGCAGUUGACUGCAAAAACUGCCGAGUUUAAGCAAAGGCUGAGACUGGGAGAGACACUGGCAGAUAUUCAAGCGGAGGCUUUUGCUGUUGUUCGUGAAGCUGCUAGAAGGAAGCUUGGUAUGCGCCACUUUGAUGUGCAGAUUAUCGGUGGGGCGGUGCUUCAUGAUGGGUCCAUCGCUGAGAUGAAAACUGGUGAGGGUAAAACAUUGGUGUCUACAUUGGCUGCAUAUCUUAAUGCGCUGACUGGCAAGGGUGUCCAUGUGGUAACUGUUAAUGAUUACCUCGCACAGCGUGAUGCUGAAUGGAUGGGUCGAGUUCAUCGUUUCCUAGGUCUUUCAGUUGGUCUUAUUCAGCGAGGGAUGACAGCUAAAGAGAGGAGAUCCAAUUACCAGUGUGAUAUAACAUACACGAAUAAUUCUGAACUUGGCUUUGAUUAUUUACGAGAUAAUCUUGCUGCAAGCAGCGAAGAACUUGUGAUGCGAUGGCCAAAGCCAUUUCACUUUGCAAUAGUUGAUGAAGUUGAUUCUGUACUCAUUGAUGAAGGAAGAAAUCCAUUAUUAAUAAGUGGUGAGGCUAGUGAAGAUGCUGCACGAUAUCCAGUAGCUGCUAAAGUAGCCGAACUGCUUGUCCGGGACAUUCAUUACAAGGUGGAGCUUAAGGAUAAUUCAGUGGAGUUGACCGAGGAAGGAAUAGCCCUUACUGAGAUGGCACUUGAAACAAAUGAUCUGUGGAAUGAAAAUGAUCCCUGGGCAAGAUUUGUAAUGAAUGCACUGAAAGCUAAAGAGUUUUUUCGGCAGGAUGUACAGUACAUAGUUAGAAAUGGGAAGGCUCUGAUUAUAAAUGAGCUUACAGGCAGAGUUGAAGAGACAAGGAGGUGGUCAGAUGGAAUUCACCAGGCUGUAGAGGCUAAAGAAGGUUUGAAGAUUCAGGCCGAUUCCGUUGUUGUGGCACAAAUCACAUAUCAAUCACUGUUUAAGCUCUACCCAAAGUUGUCCGGGAUGACUGGUACCGCAAAAACUGAAGAGAAGGAAUUCUUGAAAAUGUUUCAGAUGCCAGUUAUUGAAGUGCCCACAAAUCUUCCAAAUAUUCGUAUAGAUUUACCCAUACAAGCUUUUGCUACUGCUCGUGGAAAAUGGGAAUAUGUUCGUCAAGAAGUUGAAUACAUGUUCAGAUUAGGACGCCCUGUUUUGGUUGGGACCACUAGUGUUGAAAAUUCCGAGUAUUUGUCUCAUCUGCUGAAGCAACGGAAAAUACCACACAGUGUCCUAAAUGCGAGACCUAAGUAUGCUGCUAGGGAAGCUGAAAUUGUUGCCCAAGCAGGGAGAAAAUAUGCUAUUACAAUUUCUACAAAUAUGGCUGGUAGAGGAACUGACAUAAUACUGGGAGGAAAUCCAAAGAUGCUUGCAAAAGAAAUUAUAGAGGAUAGCUUGCUUUCAUUUCUGACACAAGAGGGUCCUGAUUUCGAAGUUGAUGACAAGGCACUCUCACAGAAGGUAUUGUCAAAGAUAAAGGUUGGAUCAUCAUCAUUAGCUUUGCUAGCUAAGGCUGCAUUGAUGGCUAAAUAUGUUGGUAAAAGUGAGGGUAAGAACUGGACAUAUCAGAAGGCAAAAUCAAUUAUCUCAGAAUCUGUGGAAAUGAGUCAGUCAAUGGAUUUGGAAGAGUUACGGAGGCUUAUCGAUGAACAGUCUGAAAUGUACCCACUUGGCCCUAGCAUAGCACUUACUUAUCUCUCUGUUCUAAAAGACUGUGAAGUUCACUGUUUCAAUGAAGGAUCUGAAGUUAAAAAGCUUGGGGGGCUUCAUGUUAUUGGAACAUCUUUGCACGAGUCUCGAAGAAUAGAUAACCAGCUUCGUGGUAGAGCUGGACGGCAAGGCGAUCCUGGAUCAACGCGGUUUAUGGUGAGCUUGCAAGAUGAGAUGUUUCAAAAGUUUAAUUUUGAUACUGAGUGGGCUGUGAAACUUAUUUCAAAGAUUACUGAUGAUGAGGAUACACCAAUUGAGGGUGAUGUAAUUUUGAAACAGCUUUUGGCCCUGCAAAUCAAUGCAGAAAAGUACUUCUUUGGCAUAAGAAAGAGCUUGGUUGAGUUUGAUGAAGUCUUAGAGGUUCAAAGGAAGCAUGUCUAUGACCUUAGGCAAUUGAUUUUGACAGGUGAUAAUGAGAGUUGUUCCCAACAUAUCCUCCAGUACAUGCAAGCAGUGGUCGACGAAAUUGUCCUUGGAAACGUAGAUCCAGUGAAGCAUCCGAAACACUGGAGUUUGGAUGAGCUUUUGAAAGAGUUUAUCGCAAUUGGAGGAAAGUUAUUGCAUGACUCAUUUUCAGGGAUCACCAAGGAAGCCUUGCUGAAAUCUCUUGCAGAGCCGGAUAAAUUGACCAUAGAUGUAAACAACUUUUACUUUCCAGAUUUGCCAAAGCCUCCAAAUGCCUUCAGGGGAAUACGUAAGAAGAGUUCUUUGUUGAAACGCUGGCUUGCUAUUUGCUCAGAUGAUUUGACCAAGGAGGGAAGGUACAAGGCAAACACUUAUCUUCUCCGCAAGUACCUUGGAGAUUUUCUGAUAGCUUCAUAUUUGGAUGUUGUUCAAGGAUCAUGUCAUGAUGACAUAUAUGUAAAAGAAAUUGAGAGGGCAGUUCUUGUCAAGACUCUAGAUUAUUUCUGGCGAGAUCAUCUUGUAAACAUGAACAGACUUAGCUCAGCGGUAAAUGUAAGAAGUUUUGGGCACAGAAAUCCUCUUGAAGAGUACAAGAUUGAUGGGUGUCGAUUUUUCAUCUCAAUGCUCAGUGCAACUAGGAGGCUUACUGUAGAAAUACUCUUGCAAUAUUGGUCAUCUCCGAUGGAGUCCCAAGAACUAUUCUCAUCAUGAUAACUAAUUGUUCAUCACGCCAAAGGUGAUAGAGAAAUAUUUUAGCUCCAGGAUAACAGACAGGGUACAUACUUCAACAAGCAUUCAAUCAUGAUGAUUUUGGUAAGAGCUACUAUGUUCUUUGGCUAACAUUGGCAAUUAAGGGAGUUCAUAGUAUAUCCAACAACACUGUACACAAAAAUGGAAUUGAACAACUUCGUUACUUAAAAGGAAACAGAAGCUGCAUACUGGUGGUGCUGUAUCGUGGUAUGGCAGCAACUGUGCAGGUGACUUAAAAAUGACUCGUCCCAGUUGAAUAUUAUAUAAGUUUCUUGGCACAAAAAUAUAUAUAUUGUAUGAUAACUUUCGAUGUCCUGUAAUUGAGCUCAUUGUUAUUUUGGCAAUAAUGUAUGUGCUGCUGGUAUAUGGAAAUGGAAUGAGCUCCUUUGUCUUGCCCACUUGUAUUUUCACACAAUUGAAAGUUGUUUUACAGCAACGGAUUAUAUUAUGCAAUCAAAGUUCUUGUCAAAUUUUUCUGA